AGUGAGACGUCAGUACUACAGUCAUACACAAAAACUACUUUUAUUGUCUUCAGCAAAGAAAAGAAAAUACAUUAUUAAGCACAACCUACUUAAACCAGAUGUGUACCCUUUUGGUUUAUUCAGAGCCCCCAAGGCCAAACUCCAUUUACAUUUUUCAGCUAUUUAAAGAGGUCUUUUUACAAAAACACAUAUCUCACAAAACAAGACAUGAUGCUGCUUCAAAUUAGACACUUAGACCUUCGGCAUUUAUUAAAAGCCGUUUUAAGAAACUUUUUUUUAUAUUGCUCGGUGUAGCCCGUAUAACGGCAGAGGACUUGAGAGUCAACAUGUAUGAGUUGAAAUUAUUAACACAAAGGUUGCUUUUUGGAUUAUACUACACCGAACUAAACACUAGAACUUAAUCUUUCAGGAAACAGUCAAAAGUCAUAUUUUAGGGCUCAUGUAAGAUUCUCUAUAACGACGGAAACAUUAAACUGUACGGAUUCUGAAUGGAGUCUGGCGCCUGCGUGACUGGAAAAAGAUCAUAUUUGCAGGAGGAAACUACAACCAGAAGACCCUCAUGUUCCCCAGAGGCCAAACUCCAUUACAACAUUUGACAGCGACGGAGUCCUGUACCAAAGAUCGUCUAUUGCCCUUGACUUCUGGGUCUCUGGAGGAAGAAAGGAAGAGAGUGGUUCAUCUUGUCAAUAGAGGAUCUGUGCAGUCCGGGACUCGGAGCUCCGGCAGCUCUGCGGAGGAUCGGGAUGCUCUUCACGUCCUCCUCGUCCUCCUCACCGACACGGACCCUCUGAUCCUCCAGAGCCGCUGCUGUCUCCCGAUCCGGACCCGGCUCACACCCGGUCCCGGCCCGCUCCCGUCUCCCGUCCGCAGCCAGAUCCAUUAUCCCGGGUUAUAUCCCGCAUUAUGUGAGAGGGACGCUGCACGAGGCGGGGGUGUUGUGGUGGUUUUUGGAUUUUGGACCCCCGCGCGCGUGCGUCUGACCACGAGUUUGUGUUUGUUUACGAAAUAUUACAAAAUAAAAGCGGAAGAUUUUGGAUUAAAAUGUCGCGUGUGCUUCCGUUUCGGCUCCAGACAGAAACCCCCGGCACGAGGACUCACCUGGGGGGCUGACUGAACAUUUGGACAGCCUUGCACGCGCCGGCUGCACGCGCACACCUCCUGAUAUUUUUCCUCAUUAUUCACCUGUCCGCUCACCUGAGAGCACACAUGUCUCAGAUCCACCAUGCGGCUCUGGAUCAGCAGCAGCCGGGCCAGUACAACCAGAUCUGCACCCGGAGCAGCAGCAGCAGCGGCGGCGGCCCGGCCCCCGCCGAGGGAACAGAGCCGUCCUGCCCGGGCCACAGGAGCCGGACCCCCCGCAGGAAGUGGCAGGUGUUCCCGGGAAGGAACCGGUUCUACUGCGGCGGAAGGAUCAUGAUGGCGAGACAGACCGGGGUCUUCUACCUGACCCUGGUCCUCAUCCUGCUCACCAGCGGCCUCUUCUUCACCUUCGACUGUCCCUUCCUGGCGUCCAACCUGACCCCAGCCAUCCCGGCGGUCGGCGGCGUCCUCUUCAUCUUCGUGAUGGGGAUGCUGUUCAGGGCGAGUUUCACCGACCCCGGCGUCCUGCCCCGAGCCACGCCGGACGAGGCCGCCGACCUGGAGAGGCAAAUCGAGGGCUGCUCCAGACCGCCGCCUCGCACCAGAGAGGUUCUCAUCAACGGACAGACGGUCAAACUGAAAUACUGCUUCACCUGCAAGAUCUUCAGGCCGCCUCGAGCGUCACACUGCAGCCUGUGCGACAACUGCGUCGAGCGUUUCGACCAUCACUGUCCGUGGGUCGGGAACUGCGUCGGACGGAGGAACUACCGCUUCUUCUACCUGUUCAUCCUCUCGCUCUCCUUCCUCACCAUCUUCAUCUUCGCCUUUGUCAUCACACACGUCAUCCUCAGAUCGAACCGGACGGGUUUCCUGAGCGCGCUCAAAGACAGCCCGGCCAGCGUCCUGGAGGUGGUGGUGUGUUUCUUCUCCGUCUGGUCGAUUGUCGGUCUCUCUGGGUUCCACACCUACCUGAUCAGCUCCAACCAGACCACCAACGAGGACAUUAAAGGGUCCUGGUCCACCAAGCGAGGGAAGGAUAACUACAACCCCUACAGCUACGGAAACAUCCUAACCAACUGCUGUGCCGCUCUGUGUGGACCUCUGCCUCCCAGUUUGAUUGACAGGAGAGGGCUGAUCCAGUCUGACACGCCACAGACCGUCUCCCAGUCCAACGGGACCGGCGGCGGCGGCGGCGGCGGCGGCAGCUACGCUUCCACCCAGCUCCACAGUCGCAUGUGUGAUCAGGAUCAGUGCAUCCAGAGCACCAAGUUUGUCCUCCAGGCAGCCGCCACCCCGCUGCUCCACAGCACCCCCGUGGUUCUGGCCCCUCUGCCGGGGAAGACCACUACGCUGGGGGGCCCCUGCGCCUACCUGGCCCCCUCCCAGCCGUCCCUGCCGUCCUGCGGGGGAGACGUCCUGGCCCUGAGGGACGCCGCCGCCGACUCCCGCUGCCACCACCACCUCCACCAUCACCACCAUCACCACCACCACUUCGUCAGCCCGGAGGAGACGCCCUGCACCACGCCGCAGGGCGCCCUGCCCUGCCCCGCCCACCUGCACCUACACCCCCACCCGCCUGUCCCCACGCCCGCCGCCCUGUACGACCCCUCCAGUCAGGACGCUCUGCACGAGGACUCCGUCAGAGGGCUCGUUAAACUCAGCUCCGUCUGAACCGAACGGACGCGCGUGACUUCAGACGUCAGACGCCGUCUUUAUGUUUGACCCCCGUCCACCAUCUUUUACCACCGCUUUCAGUUUGUGAGUAAAAAAAAAGCACCAGAACACCAGAAAUGUGUUUCCUGUUGUUGGUGUGUGGAUAAAAACUGAAACAUAUGACAUGACAACAGAUGACAUACAUGAAGCAUGUGACUUAAACGUCACUCGAGCUUCCAGCGCGGAGCUGCAAACAUCAGAUCCGCAUUUCCGUUUGCUGAUUUUCUAGAAAUGUGGAUGUAAACUCGACUGAUGGCGUGACAGAGUCCUGGUUUCGAGGGCAGAUCAAGUGGCUGACUCCAUCUUUUUGUUACCGAUCGCAGCAGAGGCGAGUUCUCUCUUUGUGACUCUUUAAAAACCCUCUGGAGUCCAGUUUCAUUUUGGUUUGACUUCAUUUUGUCUUUGUUUAUCUGCUGUUAAACUGUCCUUCCUCCACAUGCUCAGUGUCCCUUUUUUUCAGCACGAACUCGGCUACAAGUCUGACUUUUCAUUUUGUCAAUUUAUCAAAGCAUAAAGCUGCCAGGAACCUAAAGAACAAGAAAAAUUAGGUUAUAAAAUGUAAAAAAAAAGAUAUUGUUUCACUGUUUAUAUACAAAAAUCCAGCAGAAACAUGUAAGAAAUUAAACUAUUAUACAGUCA